AUGCCCAACCGUGGCAGCAGACCUGGUCAUCCUACGGUCCACAUCACCGCACCGCAUUGGAUUAAUGACCCCUGCGCUCCAGGCUAUGAUCCAAGGACUGGCCUCUAUCAUCUUUUCUACCAAUGUAAUCCAUGGGGAUGCGAAUGGGGUAACAUGUCAUGGGGACAUGCAACGAGUGAAGACCUCCUCCACUGGACCGUUCCGUCAAACCAGCCAGUUCUGGAACCGGAUCAUGACUAUGACAGGGAUGGUGUGUUUACGGGAUGCUUUCUUCCUGUCAUAAGCCAUCCAGACAAUGAGCAGCUCACAGUGUUUUACUCAUCUGUUCGGCAGCUCCCCUUCCAUUGGAGCACCCCACCCUAUCCCCGGAACGCAGCCGGUUUAUCCAUGGCCAACAGCAUCGACGGAGGAAAGACAUGGAACAACAUUCGGGUAACCGGAUUCCGCGACCCGUACAUCGCGCCCUGGCCGGAGAUGGAUAAACUUCGAGGGCAACGAUCUCUCUAUGGCAUAAUCUCUGGCGGUAUUCAAGACGCAGGACCGACUGCCUUCCUUUAUGCCGUACAGUGGCACGAGCCUUUCGACUGGCAAUAUCUGGGGCAGCUUGUCGAUUUCCCACUCCGAUUUCAGCCGUCGAAGAAAUGGUGUGGCAACUACGGGAUCAAUUGGGAGUGCGCCAACUUUAUGAAUCUAGAGUCCGAGAGCGCAUCGGCUACGCGUACAUGUCUGAUACUUGGUGCUGAGGGUGAUGUUGAACGUGCUCAUAUCGAAAAUCAUCAGCGACCGGUGACCGUGCCGGCACGGACAGUAAGGUCCCUGCUGUGGAUGCUUGGAGACUUGGCUGGAAGCAAUCAUCAAACGGAUAACCUGAAAUUCAGAUUCAAACAUGGAGGGUACCUUGACCAUGGUUCUUUAUAUGCGGCCAGCACAUUUAAUGAUCCAAUAUCUGGAAGACGAAUUUUGUAUGGAUGGAUCCCCGAGGAAGACAUUACAGGAGGCCAUGCACGUGAGAAAGGCUGGAAUGGCUCUCUGUGUCUCCCAAGACAGCUAUUCCUACUCUCGCUUCGCAACGUUACCAGGGCGGUCCGCAGCAAGUUGGGCGAAAUUCCCAGCAUCGAGAUGGUAAUAGAAGCCGACGGUUCCACCACUCUUUAUUCGUUAGGCAUCCGCCCUGUAUCCGAAAUUACCCAGUUGCGGACCAAGUGUAUUCAAGCCCAUGAAGCACGGCCCUUUUCUCUCCCUCAGUCUACUCACAACGAAUCACGCAUUUGCCGCACUUCAACGUCGUGUUGGGAGCUUGAAGCUACCGUCUCGCUUGGUGUUAGCUGCGAGACUGUUGGGUUACGCAUUCGAUGCGCGGGGGAAGAGCCCGUCCAGUGGGCCAUAGUCUUCUCUCUUGUGGAUGAGACGAUUACUAUUGAUCGGUCCCGUUCCAGUACCCGUUCUGACGUGAAUACCUGUCCAGAGAAAGGUCCAUUUACCCUAUUUUAUGUCACAGAUGGAACACGUGCAGAAAAAUUAGAAAGAUUUCAUCUCCGGGUUAUCGUUGACGCAGAUAUUGUCGAGAUCUACGCCAACGACCGAUUUGCCCUCGCAACGAUGAUGUACCCUGGAAGUCACAAGGCCGAAAGGGAGAUAGUCGCGUUCGCUACAGGUGAUAAUGAGAGCGCCAGAUUUGAGCAGGUCAAAAUAUGGGACGGACUAAACGGAAUGGAAGCUCUGGUCAGAGAUGAAGGAACUGCGAAGCCAGAUAAUCAAAGCCUAUGA